GGGGGAGCUGCUGCACCUGAUACACCGGGGCGGGAACUCAGCGAGGAAGGAGGGAGUGGCGCCGGCUGCCGCUCGCCGCCUGCCAAAGCCGCUCCCCGCCGUUAGUCAGCGCUCCUCCCGCUUCUCCUGCCGGCUGCCGGGGCUGUGGCUCCUGUUCCCCUCGGGGCCGGCGGCAGCGCGUCCUCCCGCUCCUCCUCCCUCUUUCCCCCCGGCCCCAUGGCUUCGUCCGGCAGCGGCAUGGAAGAGGUGCGCGUCUCGGUGCUGACCCCGCUGAAGCUGGUGGGACUGGUGUGCAUCUUCCUGGCGUUGUGCCUGGACCUGGGCGCCGUGCUGAGCCCCGCUUGGGUGACGGCGGACCACCAGUACUACCUGUCCCUGUGGGAGUCCUGCCGCAAGCCCGGCAACUUGGAGAGCUGGCUCUGCGAGUCCACGCUGCACAGCGACUGGCAGAUAGCUACUCUUGCUCUGCUGUUGGGUGGUGCUGCCAUCAUUCUCAUAGCUUUCCUGGUUGGCCUGAUCUCUAUCUGUGUGGGAUCUCGGAGGCGAUUCUACAGACCAGUUGCAGUCAUGCUCUUUGCUGCAGUUGUUCUUCAGGUGUGCAGCUUAGUCCUCUACCCAAUCAAGUUCAUCGAAACAGUCAGCUUGAAAAUAUAUCAUGAGUUCAACUGGGGCUAUGGCCUGGCUUGGGGUGCAACUAUAUUUUCAUUUGGGGGUGCCAUUCUUUAUUGUCUGAACCCUAAGAACUAUGAAGACUAUUACUAGAAUCAUUUAAUGAAAAGAAAAAUACCAGAAGGAUUACCCCCAUCUUUUCUAACUCACUGUUUUUUUAGAACACUUGUGGAGCACCAGUCUGCUCUGUUGAUAAAAUAGCCUUUGCCUUUUGGGUGUGAACACUGUAACCAGCUUUUACAACCAUUUAGAAGAACUGCAAACACUAGGAUUGCUGGUCUUACGUAGGCAGAUGCUGCAAGCUGCUGAUACAUAAGCUUUGUUUUUCCUGACAACAAGCAAAGGAUCUACAUGACAGCGAUCAUUGUGAGAAAUUUAGUUGGAAUGUGAAGCAAGGCCAGCAUCUGCUAUUGCCUUCAGGGGAGCAGGUGGUGUAGGCUCCAUUUAGAAGUUUCCCUGUAUCAUAGAGGAUUCAAAUGUCUGAUAAGCAGGCAAUGGCAUCUUGUACAAUAGGCUGUGUUGGCCUCUUGUUACUUGCUCAGAAAAGCUCUUAAGGAAUUAGUUGCGAGUGACUGUGUCCAGGGCAGUGAAUGUAACUGGUUAAUGGCUUGUCUAAUAUCUGCAUUCAGCAGUCUUCUGGGAGAAGUAAAACAACUACACAGACAGAGGAUUUCAUGAAUCGACAUCACCAUGCCAGCUGUAGCAGAUUGUUGAAGGAAGUCCAAACCCAGAGACAUGUGCUUCUGACUGUGUGGUUGGAAGUUGUCUCGAUUCUUGAGUGUUUUGCUGGGGAAGGGGGGGUGGAGAUAAGGGGGAGAACAAUAAGACCUUAUAUGUCCCUAAGGCAUCUGAAAUGCAUGAAUGAAUUGCAGUUUUCCUAAGUACUCAUUUAACUUCUGAACAGCAUUAUGAAAAAAUGCGGUUUGAUUAUAUUUUUGGAAGGUAUUAGUAUAAGUGAGUAUAUGUAAUACAUAUAUAAAUGCAGAGGAAGAAGGAGAAUUAUCUUUAAAUUGUAAUAGGAGCUGUGGUGCAGUGGUUAAAAUACUAAUGUUGUACACAUUCUUGGGGGUCUUAGACCAGUACCCAUGGUCAUGAUUGGUGUUACAAAAUAAACCUAAAAUGAUUUGUCUUCUGUAUAUGCCCUUGUAAAAACUCUGUUAUGGGAAAUGCAUAAAGAUUCACAUCAAUCUAAGGUAGAAGUGGAUGAAAUAACUACUUUCUAUUCCAUAUGUAAUUCUGUACUUAAUAAAAAUUGUAAAAAAAAAAAAAAAAAGGGUGUUACAGGGAGGAAAAACUACCAUUUCAAAAAUAAAUCUAGUUAGAUUGCAAGUGUUUUUGAUAAUCAAGAAUAUAGCCAAGGCCCAAUCACAUCCAUAUUAAAAUAUUAGCACUGCAGGAGCUAAUCUCAUGUUUUUAAAGGCUGGGUUUGUAAUGGACUGGCUGAUGAUUGUGUAUCUAAUUACUCCUUGCUUGGUAUGCUUCCCACUUAAACAUCCAGAGACUGUACCCACCAAAUGGAACCCAAGUUAAAAUAGAGAGAACUUCUAUGUGAAUUUAAUCCGCAUCACUUUUAUUUUUGUUUACAAUUUCCUUCUUUUCGUAUUUUCAAUUAAUUAUGAACAUAUUUUUAUACAAUUCUAAUCUUUAGAAAUGACUAUUUUUUAAUGGAGAAAUUUAAAGUAUAUUCUAUGUGGGCCUCUGCACACGCAGAUAUGCUGCUGUUGCUUGUCCACCUCUGCACAAACGGUAUAGCUGGUUCCAGGGAAAAGGCUGCUGAUUGCCUCAAUGUUAAGGAUGCGUUUGCAGUGUUAAUGUUUAUUCUGCAGUGCCCAGAGAGCAGAGGAUCUGUAGGUACCGUGCUACCCCAGGACUGCCUCUCAGAAGCUGUUCUCAAAGUGCUGCUGCCGUGCGGAGGUGAUUUUUAAGACGCGGUGCCUCUUGGGAGUUAAGUCUUUACUAUCCAGCAGAAUAUUCUGUGUCAGCACUCCUUUCUGAACCAGUGGUGAUUAAUUAGAUUAGGCAGAGCAAAACGAUAGCUGCAUUUAGGAGGGAUUGUAUGGCAAUGCCUAAGGAAAAAAAAAGAUGGGAGGGAAAAAUAUGUCCACUUAUUUUGCAGGCACCAGAGAGCAUUCAUAACUCUGCUCUUCCUGAGACUGACUUAAGGCGGAUAAUCAGUGUACAGUAAACUCUGUAUCUUUCUGAACAGCUGUGUAGUUGUGCUGUUACUUAGCAGCACAGAGAAUAUUGUAGAUUGGCGUGGGAGUUAGGCUGACGUAGAGAAGCCCACUGUGAGGAGAUGGCUGUACCUUUCUAGGAGAGUGGUGUUUUGGUGCCAGCAUAGCACAGCACUAUGCCUAUGCUGGCAGGAAGUUACUGUGCUGAACCCGUAUCACAUCUUCUAAUUUAUCAGAUAAUUUUUUUUAAUGUAGAAUUUGAGUGAAAUCAAAUGUCAGCCUUAAGGCACGCAUGCUAGCACUCCUAAAGUCACACAGCUCUGAAUUUGAAUGAUGUUCAGGCAAAAAAAACCAAACAAACAAACCUACAAACAUGGAUGCCUAAUAACAAAGUUCUUCAUUCAUAUGUGAGUUGGAGAAGCAGUUUUUCAGUCUCAGCACGUGUAUUUCCUCCAGAGCAUAAUGUUAGCUGUGAGGACGCACCUCUCAAACUCCUCAGGUCCUUUAGCAUUUGGGCAUCCAGCGUUCAGAUUUAGGCACCUAUCUUAAUCAGCUUGGAAACCUCUCGUUAGCUUAUGUUGCUACUUCAAUUUUUUCUUUUUUUAGUAAAUGCUGCUUUUUAGGGCUGAGUGAAAAGUGGCUACACUGUUACCCUAUUUUUUGUUCUAGCCACAAAAAAAAAAAAAACAAAACAACACAACAGCACAUGUCUUUGUGUCUCUGUACAACGAAUUAUUCCUUUUGAAUGUUAUGCUUGUGUCAUGCCAUCAUUAUUUCAGUUGUUUGGCUUUAUUUCGCUGACAGGAUGGUGUUUUUUUCCCCACACAAAUCCAUUGUUUAUCAUCCAAAUAUAUAUGAAUGAAGAUAUAUAAAUAUAUAUAUAUAUAGCGGACUUGCAAGCAGGGCUAGUUAUUUGUAUUUUUUAGGCUUAAAGUACACCGUCCGGUGCUGACAAGUACCUAGCACCUCUUCUGGACUUCUUGCACAACUUCGGUUAGUUUUUGUAAAUUUUAAAAAAACAAAUAUAGAGAGACCUAUGUGUUUGAAAUAUAAAAUGAUAUAUAUGGAUUAGCAUGUACCUGUAUAUUAUUAAACAUGCAAUGAACUGACUGGUAAGUGAAGUCUAAUCUUAUGGCUAGCAAUGUAAUUUAUUCAGACUGUAUUUUUGUACAGAGCAGUGCACACUAACCUAUUGCCUCUGUGUCCUCUAUAAUGCCUAAAACUGUGCCUAGAAAUUUAAUUUGUCUUUAAGGG